ACGCGCGCGCGCGCGCCGGCCGGCCGGCGACAAAACGCACACGUAACCGUACGCCGGCAGCCGAGAGUCGUGUAGCGCGCGCGCCCAAGUAAUAAACCGUGUCGCGUGUAACGGAGUAACGCGUGGUGCUUUGGUGCGUGGUGCGUUGUGCGUAGUGUGCGUGGUGCGUAGUGUGCGUGGUUCGCGGCGCGUGGUGCGUAGUGUGUGUGGUUCGCGGCGCGUGGUGCGUGGCGAGUGCAGUGCGUGUAACGCGUAUUAUAUUGUGCGGUGUGCGCCCGGUCACGUGCGGUAUACGCGUGAACGAUGAACCGCGCGUAGCCGCCACCGCAGCGGUCGCCGUCGUCGGACCGGACCGCCGCCGGUGGUGACCGCUACCGUGGUUGCGCAGCGGCGCCGUCAUGGAACGGAAACGGAGCGGCCGGCGGUACUACAACAAGCGGAAAAAGACGUGGACGCAACAGUGCAAGGACUACUUGCGACAGUUCAUAGCUUUCCUGUUCAGCAACAUCGGCAUCAUUUGCCUGGUGGUCGGCUACACGAUCGCCGGCGCGUUCAUGUUCAUCUUCAUCGAGGGUGCUCCCGGCAACGCCAUAGCGGUCAUCGACCGGGUGGGAGCGAACCGCAGCGGAACGGCGGACAGGAUCUGGGAUAUGGUGUGCUGCAACGCGUACUGCGAAGACGAGUGGAAGCGUGAGGUGCAAGUGCACCUCCGGUCGUUCCAGAGUCACGUCAUCGAGGCCGUCCGCAACUUCAGCUACGAGGGCCCCAACAAGCAGAUGACCCGAUGGUCGUUUUCCGGAUCGUUCCUCUACUCGCUGUCCGUCAUCACCACCAUAGGGUACGGGAACGUGACUCCGCGGACGCUGCUCGGCAAACUAGCCACCAUAUUGUACGCGAUCGUGGGCAUGCCGUUGUUCCUGCUGUACCUGUCCAACAUUGGCGACAUACUGGCCAAGAGCUUCAAGUGGAUAUACGCGAAAUGUUGCCUGUGCCGGAACUGCAAGAAACGCCGAAAGCGCAUGUUGGCCAUACAGCGGAAGGAACAGUGGAAGAUGGAUAUGCGAGACUUCAAACUGAACACCGGCGUGCUCACUGAGGGCGAAGAGAGCGACGACGAGGGCACGACCGACGGAAGUUCCUCGUUAAGCUUCAACGACACGCAAGAGGUUACCGUGCCAAUCUCUUUGUGUCUAACCAUAAUGGUCGGGUACAUAUCCGGAGGCGCCAUACUGUUCUCCAAAUGGGAGUCCUGGGAGUUCUUCGACGGGUCGUACUUCUGCUUCAUAUCGCUGAGCACCAUCGGGUUCGGCGACUUCGUGCCGGGCAACAGCAUCACCGGCUCCGGAACCAUCAUCGGUACGGGCACCAGCACCGGUACCGGUACGGGUCCCGGUAACCGCAGCAGCGCCGGUACCGUCAUCGAGCUGAGCUUCAUACUGUGUUCCAUGUACCUGAUGCUGGGCAUGGCCCUGAUCGCCAUGUGUUUCAACCUGAUGCAACAGGACGUCGUGAUGAAAAUCCGGACGUGCACGGAUAUCGUUCGGAGGAUCGGCAGGUGUAAAAACUGAUCCGCGGCACACCGUACCCCGCGACCGAUGCGCAACGUUCCGUGUGAGUACGCGCGAGUCCAGAGUCGAGAACAUAACUGUAAUGGCGUACCUACGUGAUUUAUUAUUGAAACAUAAUAUUCUAUCGCGUCGUUGUCGAACCGACCAAAUCCGCGGUAGUCGUAUUCAGCAACACUCGGCCGUCAGCGCCUGGGUUUGACCGCCGACGGAAACCGGAACGGACGCCGAUUAAGUUUAACGCAUUUUUUAUUGUACUAUUUUUAGAUUUUUGUAAUGAAUUUUAUCGUAUUUUUUUCCCCCAUGUUUUGUUUUGUUCCACUUACCCCGUUCGUGUAAAUAAAAGUCGUCGUUAUGUUUUACUUUAUGAGUUAGGUUUUAGUUUGCAGCGAGAAAUUAACAGUCUGACCAGCGUGCUCUGAAACAGAAACACAUUUAUCUUACCGUCAUAGGACAGGUAAUCUCGUACACACUCCUCCUCCUUCUCCUCCUCCACGGUAAAACCGUACGAUUUUCAUUUCCUCCGUUUUCCCGCGGUCUCGUCUAAAGUUUUCCUUUGUACAUAUUAUUAUUAUUGUUAUGAUUAGUAUUACAAUAUUUCCGUAAUCCAGUGUAUAAUUCAUUACCGGAAAAUGCGUUAUUAAGUGAGCUGCUGGGUCCGAAUGCGUCGUACCAUUAGCGUGCAUGACAACACUGAAGACAUCUCUCCGGUCCCUAACACCAACCACACCGUAUUACAAUACAAUUAACUAUGAUGUAAAAUUAUGCAUUUAUUAUAUACACCUGUAAAUGAAUUACGAAUAAAAAAUAUAUAUUUUAUUGUUAUGAUGUAAUUUUCGAUACUUAUAAGUUAUGAUACCUAUUAAAGUUGAUAAUUAUUAAACAAACUGAUAAA